GAGUCAGGUCUCCUGCACAAUGUGUGGGCAAACCCUGGCAUCUAGACCACUUGACCUCGUGUUUUGGACACCUCUGCCGGCACUUGGAGUAGAUGUAUCAUAUCUUGAAACUUGCAUGUGCCUGAUUGGUUUCCGAAUCCUGUCUCUUUGUUGUUUGCUUACUGGUGGGGUUUGCGGGGUGAUAUUCCGCUGAAGCUAAUUCACUUCCUUUUGAUAUUAAUAAUGAUCCCGACACGUCGGGGAUCCCUAGAGCUCCCUGAAAGAAUCCUCUUUCCUAGGGUCCUCACAGUUUUCGUACUACAUUUUCUUAGGAAAUUCUUUACUGACUGGAUACUCCGCUGAAGAUGUCGUUCUCAGCCUUGGGUACUCUCGUGGACAUCCAGAGUCCGCCGCUAAUCACGAGUCCUGCAGCGGUGGUGCGCAAGGAUAAGCAAGGGAUUCCUCAUGCUCCCUCGGACCAUGAACUAGAGGGUCUCCGACGAGAACGCAGUCAACAGACCGCCGAUAUACCCUCUCAGCAGACACUGGGUUUGCAGACGCCUGUAAGCCCCGGGGAAUUGGAAAGCCAUCCCACUUCGCCGGGAGAGGAAGCUGUGGACUCCAUUCCCGCAAUACAGAGUCCGCCAAUGACUAAAUGGCGGCUGUUGAGUACUUGCUUGAUGAACUUCGCCGGGGGACUGAACGACAGCGCUCCUGGAGCCCUCAUCCCCUACAUGGAGAAAGACUACAAUAUCGGUUAUGCUAUCGUGUCGCUGAUCUUUGUAACAAAUGCGGUGGGGUUCAUUCUUGCUGCCCCUUUGACCCAAAUGCUGGAGCUAAAGCUCGGCCGGUCAAAGACCUAUUCUUUGGCUACAAGCUUGACCACCGCUGGUUAUGUCAUCCUCGUCUGCAAGCCACCAUUCCCUGCCGUUGUGGCCAGUUUCUUCCUGCUAGGCCUCGGCAUGGCUGUCAACCUAGCCCUGAAUAAUGUCUUUUGCGCGAACCUUGUGAACGGCACUGCAGCUCUGGGCGCUCUUCAUGGUGCUUAUGGCAUCGGCGGCAUCAUAGGCCCGCUAGUGGCGACGGCAUUGGCAUCUCAUGGGGUCCGGUGGUCCUACUUCUACAGUAUUAACCUGGCCAUGUCGCUGAUCAACAUGGUGUUCUCCGCUUGGGCGUUCCGGAAAUAUGAAAAGGAACUACCAACACAGUUACUGACGGCGCUCCAUCGGACCACUUCUCAGCAAACGCCUGGCCCAGUCCAGGCGGCCAGAACACACCUUCUGAAGCAAGCACUGAAGAGUCGACCCACUCUACUUGGGGCUUUGUUCAUCUUCGCCUACCAAGGGGCGGAAGUCUCCAUUUCCGGCUGGGUAGUCUCGUUCCUCAUCAACUAUCGUCAUGGGGACCCCUCACGGGUUGGCUACGUUAGUGCCGGAUUCUGGGCUGGCAUUACCGUUGGACGGUUUGUCCUAUCGCAUCCCGCCCACCUAGUCGGGGAGAAGCUAUCCGUCAUCCUACUGGUGCUCGGAUCAGUUGCCUUUCAGCUCAUGACCUGGCUCAUUCCCAACAUCAUCGGGGACGCCGUGGCUGUAGCCGUAGUGGGUCUGCUACUGGGACCAGUGUAUCCUUGCGCCACGGUAGUGUUCAGCAAGCUACUGCCGCGCUCGAUGCAGACGUCCAGUCUGAGCAUUAUCAGUGCCAUGGGAAGCAGUGGGGGAGCAGUAUCGCCAUUCUUCACCGGUCUGCUGGCCCAAACAGUGAGCACGUACGUCUUGCAUCCGAUAUGCAUUGGAUUGUACGGCGUGAUGCUUAUGGGGUGGCUGUCUCUUCCUCGUAUCUCGAAGAGAUCCGAGUAAACCGGCCCGCCAUCCUGCAGGGUGCAGUCACCACUUGUCAUCUGGCGUCACGCUUGCUGUCGAAAUUUCAUCGUAGUGUGGUUUUGCCCCUUCGCUUCUGAUCCCCGUACUGUAUGUCCUCCCUACUUCUCGGGAAUGUGUUCACUUUUUUCUGUUGUUUGGGCCUGUUCAGCUGUUGCCUUUCCCAUUUCUUUUUCGCGGGUUCUUCAGGUGUCUCUCUAGGUGCAUAUGUCUCCUCAAUCGCAGGACUCCAGGCUAGUAAGGCAGCCAUGGACGGAUGAUCCGACGGCACAUGA